UGACAGACUGUCAGGGGUACAGACAUGCAGGAAAGGGUUCAUUAGUUCAGCACCUGGGAUGGAAGUUGCUGCCAGGAACUUCUUGUAAACCCUUUGUAAGCAAAAGGUUACCACUGCCUGCUUUCACUUUCCCUUUGGAUAUUAUUCAUUGCGUUGCAGAGAGCAAGCAACAAAGAGAGAGAGAGAGAGAGAGAGAGAGUAAUAAAACAAUAACUUCCAUGUUUCUCUGCUGAGAGAAACUUUGGUGUGAUUCAGGCUCUGAGAGGCACAGGAGCUCUGAGAGGUGCAAGUUGCUGCUCUUUGGAGGUGGCCAGCUGUUUUGGAGGAGCUGCCACAUACCAUUAGGUCCUGCCAAGCUGAGCGCUCAUAGAGGAGAACCUCCUCUGACCAGGGACCGGAAAGAUCGAAAGAGCAUUGAUAAAAGAGCUCUGGUGCAUCUGGCUGAGAAAUAAUGGCCUCAAAGAUGCCGAUGGAGCAGCCUCUGUGCCUGGUGGGGAACGGCACCAAUGGAGAGCUAGAAGUGAAGCCAAAGGCCCUGGAGAUCCUGUAUGGCAUCACCCAGCCCGUGGUGGUGGUGUCCAUUGUGGGGCUGUACCGCACUGGCAAGUCCUAUCUCAUGAACCAGCUGGCCGGCAAGAAAAGAGGCUUUCCUUUGGGCUCCACUGUCCAGUCACAGACCAAGGGCAUCUGGAUGUGGUGUCUUCCCCACCCCCAGCUCUCAGACUACACCCUGGUGCUGCUGGACACAGAGGGGCUGGGUGACGUGGAGAAGGGCAACACAAAGAAUGACAACCAGAUCUUUGCGCUGACUGUGCUCCUCAGCAGCACUCUGGUGUAUAACAGCAAAGGCACCAUUGAUGAGUAUGCCAUGGAGCAGCUGCACUUUGUGACCACACUGACUGAGCACAUCAAGGUCAAGGCCCAGGAAGGGGAGGAGGAUGAGGAAGGCUGCCAGUUUGUUCGCUUCUUCCCCUGCUUCAUCUGGGCAGUGAGAGAUUUCACCCUGGAGCUGAAGAUCAACGAGCACCUGGUGACAGAGGACGACUACUUGGAGAAUGCACUGAAAUUGAAGAAGGCUGUUACAAAGGGCGCUUUGGCAUACAACCUGCCACGUGAGUGCAUAAAGAGCUUCUUCCCCACCCGCAAGUGCUUCGUCUUUGUCCAGCCAGCCCCUGUGAAAGAUAUCAGCCAACUCGAGUUGCUCCCCGAGAGCUCCCUGGACCCACAGUUCCUGGAAAAGACCCGCCACUUCUGUCAGCACGUCCUCCAGAGUUCACCGGUCAAGACCGUGAAAGGAGGGCAUCCAGUCAGCGGGCAAAUGUUGGGCUCAUUAGUUCAAUGCUACGUGGAGACCCUCCGCAGCGGGAAGGUACCCUGCAUGGACAACGCUGUGGUUGCUCUGGCGGCCAUAGAGAACGAGGCAGCUGUUCAGGAGGGGUUGGCUCACUACAUAUCCCAGAUGAAGCAGCUGAAAUUCCCAGUGGACCAGGAGGAGCUCUCCGAGAAGCACGGGGAAAGCAUGGCAGGGGCUCUUGGUGUUUUCAUGGAUCGUUCCUUCAAGGAUGAAGGACAGAAGUAUCUGCAGAAGCUCAAGGAUGGCAUAAAGGAAAAUUAUGGAAAGCUGCUGGGAAAGAAUGAAGUUGCCUCCAAGGAUGCCUGUUUUGCCCUCCUGGAAGAGCUCUCAGCCCCCAUGCAGAAGCGACUCGGUGACAACGUAUACAAUCAGCCUGGUGGGUAUGAAGCCUACAUCAGAGACCGGAACCAGGUGGUGGAGGAUUUCCGCAAGAAACCCAAAAAUGGGGUCAAGGUAGAGGAUGUUUUGGAGCAGUUCUUGGCUAGUAAGAAGGCAGAGGCAGAAGCUGUACUGAAGUUUGACACACUGAUAACUGAUAUGGAAAAGCACUUGGCCGAUGGGAAGCAAAAAGCUGAGUUGCUGGAGCAGCAGCGGAGGGCAGAGGAGGAGAGGAGGUUGCGAGCGGAGCAGCUGGUGAAAGACCAGGAGCGCAGCUUCCAGGAGUACCAGAGACAGCUGGAAGCCAAGCUGGCAGAAGAGGCUGCCACCAUGAAAAAGGAAGCCCAGAAGGCCCUGGAGUGCAAGCUGAAGGAGCAGGGGGAGCUGCUACAGCAAGGGUUUAGGGAGAAGUCCAUGCUGAUGGAGCAGGAGAUUUCCACCCUGAAGAGGGAAAUCAACUCAGUCAGGGAGCAAGAUUUUGUCAGUCUGGCAAAAAACAUGCUAAAGGUGUUUAGCAUCGUCUAUGAUAUAUGCACCUUUCAUAACUCCCCCUCCCAAUCCAGGAGCCAGGCCAGAGAGAAAACUAGGAAGCCCAAAUGACACUGAGCAUGAGCCCUGACUUGCACUUGGUUCCUCAUCUUCCUUUGCACAUUUUGCUUGGUUAUUGGAGGAAAAUGCUUCACGUGGCAAUAAAAUGGCACUAGCUGGA